GGCGUACUUGGAGGUCCGGGUUCAACUGGGGAACGAAUCCGCAGGCUUUAAAAAGGGGGAGGCUCCGGGGCAUCUCCUCAGUGUUCUCCCGUCGAUUCUCCCGUCUACAAGUCACUUUCAGCGAGCUACUCUUCCUUACUCUCCAAUAUGAUGCACUUGCCGAAAGCAGCGAUCGUCGCCCUUCUCCUACCUGCCGUCGUGAUGGGGGGCAAAUGCACCACCGGCUGGCAGACAUACGGUAGUUAUUGCUUCCUGUUUUCGACGAACACUGCCAACUGGGCGGACGCGAGAGCACGAUGCAUCGCGUUGGGAGGCAGCAUCACUCAUCCAGCCGAUGCGGGCGAGAACAGGUUCAUCGGGACCAACGUGAACCAGCCGAUGGUCUGGCUCGGGGCUCACAGAAGCGGCGGUGUCUUGGUCAAUCACGACACAGUCAGACCAAACGAUUUCAACAACGACGAUAAUGCCCCUGGGACUGGAAAUUACCAGGUGUACUACAUGUUCCCGCGACGAUGGCGGAAUGCGGACUGCAAUAGCCAGUACGGUUACAUCUGUGAAAAGACGCUGCCGCUGACCGGAGGCUGCACAAGCGAUUACCCACUUGCAAGCGGAAAUCGAUGCUUCAAUAUCCAGCUAAACGCCAAGGUGACACGGGCCGACGCCUUAGCGGCCUGCGUCGCUGGCACUGGCACCCUGGCCACAAUCGACACCCAAAUAGUUCGAGAUGCCAUUGCCGACUAUUUCCAUAAGCAAGUGCAGAACGCAGCUUUCGACUCGAGCAGCAACGUCCAGUCGACGCAGAUGUGGAUCGGAGCGUCUCGAGUCUCGACGGCUGCCCCGUUCACCUGGGCGAGUCCCACUCCCUUCUCCUUUUCCGACUGGUGCACGAGAUACCCGGACACCACGUCUGGGAACUGCGUGGUCAUGUUCCCGAACCAGUGGUCGACGAUCUACGGGGCCGACGAAAACUUCUACUCUGAGCGAUUGGGCUACGUCUGUCGACGCAGGAGCGGCGUGGCGACUCUGACCAACUUCUUCUUUUCUCUCUUCCAAGGCGUCUUCGGCGGUGUCGCCCGUUGA